ACGGCAUAUAUUAUAUUUCGAAUUCCGUCGCAAAUUAUAGAUCAUCUAAACCGAGUUUAAGACAUUAAAAUAAAAAGCAUACGGCGUAUGCGCAAGAGAGAAAGAGAGAGAGAGAGAGAGAUUGGCAAAGCAGAUUCCGAAUACAUUGUGCACGUAGCCUUAACUCGCGGCGCGUCGCUCUCGCUCCCCGGUGCUCCCCGGCGUGCCCCCGGAACCCGGGUCCGUCUGCGAGAUCUCUAUCUCGCUUCACGGAGAGGUUUCGCUACUCGCUCCGCGUGCCCCGACUCUCAUUGAGAGUCAGUCAGUCAGUCAGUCAGUCCGCCGGAGCGACGCGGUUCGCGCGCAUCGUUACACAUCGCGCGCCGUUCGCAAGCGAGAGAGGAAAGUUCGCGCGCCUCUCUCAUUUCCUUUUUCAUCCCUUUUUCACCCGCUUUCUUUCUCUCCUUCUCGCUCUUUCUCUUUCUGUUUUACCGAUCGAGGGGGUAGACAACCGUGCGUUGAAAUCACCGCGGGAUCACCGGUAUCUCCGCCGCGCGGAGGAGACGCGCGUCGCGCGAUCGUGUCUCGUGCGCGCGCCCCGUGAAAUCUCAAAUCCUCCGAUUUCACGCGUCGGAUCGCCAACGGCACGCCGCACGCACGCCGGCACGUUGAAUUAUAUAGGGAGGCCGAGGCGGCCAGGCGAACGUUUUACGUUGCUCGUUAACUGCCAGUGCACGCACGGCGGUUGCCGGGGAAGGUCGAAGGGACGAGACGCUUCCUUACACCGGUGUGCGUGUAACACCUGGUAGCGGCGGCAGCGGCAACGACGACGACGACGACGACGACAGCAGCUGCGGCGGCGGUACUGACCGGCAAUUAUGCGAUCGGCUGCGGCCGUCCUGGCCGCGGCGGCGACGUUGGCUCUGGCCCUUCUCCUGGACGUCGCCGACGUGGCCCUUGCCCGGCAUCAACAUCGCUCCGGGAACUCCGGCCACAAACCGUCCGGUGAUAUCUCCCUCUGGAUCGAUCAGCAGCAAAUUAAGAUGUUCAGCGGGCUUGCAAUGGAAAUAUACGCGAUUGCGGAGGGCCGAGUACUCGCUUAUCUUUUAGAUCCAGAGUUUGAGAAUAAAUUGCCGAUUAUCCCAAGCGAGGUGUCGCACGUGAAUUUCACGUGGAAGUCAGGAGUAAAAAAAUACUAUUACAAUUUUUUUCGGUUAAAGUCAUACGACGAGAGCAUCUUGAAAACUCCAUCGAUCACGAUCAAAAAGGAAGGACGAGUGCCUAAGAGACCGAAAGAUUUCAGCAUUCUCCUACCUUGCGCUGGCAAUUCGGGCAUAGCGCAAUUCGGGAUCAGUCUGAUGAUCGAGACCCUCAAAGGAAAACCUUUAAACGGGACGCCUCUUCGUCUCAGUUUGAGGAAAGAAUGCACCGUGCGCGGUGAGUCCGUCAGUCGCGCCCACGAUCACCACCUCUUCACUCACACAUACAAGCCUAAUCCUGGUCCCUGCCCAGAUGGUUAUCUAGGUCCUAAUUGUAAAACAGCGCUUUGUUAUCCGAAUUGCAUGAAUGGCGGUAACUGUACGGCACCAGGCGUGUGUUCAUGCCCACCAGGAUAUCAGGGUCCUUAUUGCGAAGGAGGUAUCUGCACAGAAAAAUGUUUGAACGGAGGAAAGUGUAUUCAAAAGGAUAUCUGUGAAUGUCCAAAAGGCUAUUUCGGUUUGCGCUGUGAAUUUUCCAAAUGCGUUAUUCCUUGUCUCAAUGGAGGCAAAUGCAAGGGUACUAACAUCUGCAGAUGUUCAAACGAAUAUAAAGGCAAUCACUGCGAAAUUGCAACCACACAUAUAACGUCACAACGUUCAACAUGUAGCAAGCCGUGUAAACAUGGAACCUGUCAAUCAAAUGACACAUGUCUCUGUGAAGCUGGCUGGUACGGAAAGUUUUGUCACAAAAGCAAGCCAUGGGCUUAGAGACUAAUGGAAAAUCUUCAACGUUAUUAUUAUUCAUACCAACUGAAUCUUUUAGAAAGCGAUGUUAUUCUAAAAUCACUAGAUAGAAUUUACGGCAGAUUGUGUUUACAUAUAUAUCCUGAAUUGUACGGAGAAACAAAGGUCUAUGCGUUCGUAGAGAAAGAAUCUCGUGAUAUUAAAAUGAUUCAAAGAAAUUUGUAGUGUAUUCUUGUUUUUAUUUGUGAAAAGAAAAGCAUUAAAGCUUUCACAAGAUUUAGAUCCAAAUCUCGAUUGUAACUAGUGUGAUGUGAAAUUCAUAGUUUUUCCAAUUUACUCUGCCUCAGAUGUGAUAUGUAAAGAACUGCUUUAUGUCAUUUUACAAUAUUAUUAUUUAGUUAAUACUACUUUUAUACUGUAGAUGUAACAAUUGUAAAAACAAAAUAGGAACAAAAUGUAUUUUCUGUAAUGGUUUAGAAAGCAUAAUUAUGAUAAUAAUUCAGCAUUGUAGUAGUGUGCCUGUGAUGGACUUCUUCUCCUAUACUAUCUUUUUCUGUACAUCUUAGAAUAUAGAUAAAUAAAUGUAGUUUUAUAUUAUAAA